AUGGAGGCGGGCCAGAGGGCGCGGUCGGCGCCCGCCCCCGCGCGGGGCGUGCACCCCCUGGAGCUCGUCCUCGCCGUGUGGCACUUCCUGCGCCUGCUGUUCUCCGGGCUGGCCGCCCUGGCCGCCUACCUCUCCGCGCCCCUCUCCUGGCUGGGGCGCCACGCCCGGACCUCGCAGGCGAUCAUGGCCGGCCCCGCGCGGUCCCCGCGGCGCCCGCCAGCCCUCCGGGCCUCCCCCGAGCCACGCCGGCCCGCCAAGUGGCUCCUGCCACCGCUGAUGGCGUCCGACUUCGGGAAGAUGACCGUCGUGCUGGACUUGGACGAGACCCUGAUCUCAUCCCGCCCGGCGAAGAACGCCCCCGCGCGGCUGCGCCCCGGGGGGCUGCGCAGCGUGGAGCUCGACUGCGACGGUACCAGCGUGGGCAAGUCCUCACGCGUGGUGAUGUUCAUGCGCCCGGGCCUGUUCGAGUUCCUCAGCCGGCUCACGUCCUUCGCGGAGGUGGUCCUGUUCACCGCCGGCGUGCCCGCCUACGCCGAGCCCCUGGCCAACGCGCUGGACCCCGCCCGCCGGUUCUUCUCCGCACGCCUCUACCGCGGGGACACCGUUGCCACGGUGUGGCACUCCUACGUCAAGGACCUCUCCAAGCUGGGCAGGGACCUGCGGCGCACCGUGCUGGUGGACAACAGCCCCUACUCCUUCCUGCUGCAGCCCGCCAACGGCAUCCCCUGCGUGCCAUUCCGGGGCGCAGGUGGCGACCAGCAACUGCUCAAGGUGAUCCUACCCCUGCUGGAGUGCCUGUCGUACGUGCACGACAUCCGGCCCGUUCUGAACAACCACUUCAAGAUGGCCAGCUGGUUCAGGGCGCGCGGCUGCAACGUGGAGCUAGACCUCUGA